AUGCUUAGCGGAAACUGCUCUGUUCGGAUUCUGAACGAUACAUUGUUGACAGAAUCCGUCACCGUCACGGCAGCUUAUAAAGCGAAUCGAGCGGCGUCGUCAAACGGGGGUUUAGAAGUGGAGGAGGAUUGCGAAGGCUUACUGACGGGACGAGAAGAGACAGUACACUUCCCCCCAGGGGGUUGUUACCCGUCUCUGAGCCUACAGCAGAAACGACGACCUUUAGAGAUUCGUAAACAAGCCACACGCGCCUUGACGUGCUUCACCGUCAAUGGCAAUGGCGCAUUAUGCGCAUCGGCCGGGGAGAGCGAGAGGGAGAACGAGGAGGAGGAGGCGAGAGAAGAGGGGAGAGAAGGCGGAAGGGAGAGUGAGAUAGACGAUAGGAGUGAUCUCGACUCGGCGGAGGGUGCGGAGGAAGCAGAAUGGGAGGAGGAGGCGGAGGAGGCGGAAUGGGCGGAGGAGGCGGAAUGGGCGGAGGGGGAGGAGGAGGCGGAGUGGGCGGAGGGGACGGGGACGGCGGAUAGGGCGGAGUGGGCGGAGGGGACGGGGACGGCGGAUAGGGCGGAGAGGGCGGAGGGGAAUGCGUCUGCCGAUGGCGGAUAUGGAUUCCGCGGGGGCCAUCCUGUUGUUGGUGUGUGUGACGACAUGGGAGAGGGACAGCUGCGUGGGAUGAGCAUGCAGAGUAACUCCUCCUGCUUCUCAGUUCCCCUCCUGCUCACGUGCCCACACCCCUCCCACCACCCUCCCCUCCUUCCCCUGUCCCAGCGAGUGCUGUGGGUGUGGGUGGUGCUAGGCGCGGCUAUCAUGUAUUUUCACCGUCUCUCCCGCUGUCACACCCUCUUCCCCCCUUCCUCCGCCUCCCCUUUCCAGCGGCGAAUGCUGUGGGUGUGGGUGCUGGUGGCCGCGGCCAUCCUGUCGCUGGUGUUUGCAGUGGCGUGGCAGCAUGCAGAGGCGAACGAGAGGGAGGACCUGGAGGGGCACUGUGAUGAGUGGGCCGCGUUCAUAGAGGCCAAGUUCAACAUCACGGCUGCCAACACACGCUCUAUUUCCGACUUCAUCCGCGCCUAUUACCUCGAUAACGUGAAGGAGGACUUACUUGACGUGCCCAAAUUCCAACGCUUCACUCAAGCUACCCUCGACAGCCGACCCAUGGCAUCAUUCGUGGGCUUCAUUCUCCUCAUCAACAACACAUUCGUGCGCGAUAUGGUGGAAACCAACGCCCACCACUGCAUCUUCGCUCCAGAGCCCAAUGGCACACUCUCCUGCCGCCCGCGCGACCUGUUGCUGUACGCACCGAUUGUCAUCUUCAACACUCGCAAGGAGUUCAAUGCGCGCGUGAACCUCUCAGAAGUCUGCUGCAACGACCUCAUGGCAAACCCACCUUUCAACGACACGUUCCACCGGGCCAUCCACUCAGCAUCCUCUGCCAUGUCUCCUCCUUUCAUGCGCGACAACUACCCAUACCACUUCAUCGGCCAGGCCUUCCCAGUCUACUCCAACCUCACCACCUUCGCCCUGCCCCCCUCGCCCUCCCCUCCCUCCGUCGCCAUCCCUCCGCUCGCCGCCCCCGGGGUGCUCCCACAAGGAUUUGUCAUCGCGGGGCACAUCUCAUACGCCAAGCCGUUCAGCCCGUUCAUCUGGAUCAUCGUGGCCGCGCUCUUCCUCAGCGUCUCCACAUUCUUGCUUUGGACGAGCAUCCAGCUCAUGCACGCCUUUGAGUGCGACUGUCAGCACCUAGCUACAGCCCAGCAUGAGCUGCGUGCCGCCCGCUUCGAGGCCGAGGCGGCGAGCCGAGCCAAGGGCGCGUUCCUCACGACGAUGUCGCAUGAGAUCCGCACACCCAUGAACGGCGUCAUAGGCAUGCUGAAUCUACUCAUGGAGACUCCUCUAGACAGGUCGCAGAAGGACUACGCGGAGACGGCGUGCAGCAGCGGGAGGGCGCUAUGUGCACUUAUCAACGACAUUCUCGACCUCUCCAAGAUCGAGGCGGAGAAGCUCUGCCUCGAGCGCAUCCCCCUCAACAUGCGCGCCGAGCUCGACGACGUCCUCGCGCUCUUUGUGGAGAGUGUUCAAGAGAAGUGUUCAGUGGAGCUUGCUGCGUUUGUCGCCGACGACGUGCCGGAAAUGCUCGUGGGGGAUCCGCUCCGAGUGAAGCAGGUGCGUAAAAGCAACGCAUUCAAGUUCACCACCAACGGCCACAUCUUCAUUGCCGUGCGCCUCGCAGCCACCACCAACACCAAUUGCAGUUUUAAGACGUCUCAAAACACCACCGACAUUGAUACCAGCAGCAGCCCUGCCCCUCCACCGCUGCUCUCCCCUUCUGCCUCCACUUCCUCAGCAUCAGCACCACCACCCUCCAUCUCUGCUGCAUUUAGAAGGAGGAAAGGUGCUGCUGGGGAUGAUAUCGAUGAUGGUGCUGGUGGCAGCGCCUGCAUGGGUGGCAGUGUGGCCACUGCUGCUGGUGGUGUGGGCGCUAAUGGCGGCAGUAAAACCAUUCUGGAGGCACCAAGUGAACCUGCAUGUCUGACGUUGAGUGGCAUACCAGCCAUGAAGACGUGGUGUUCGUGGGAGGGCAUGCAGGAGCACAUGGACCUUGCUGCCGUGGGCAUGGGCAAUCCAAGCUUUACCGGGCAUGGCAAUGGGUGUGGUGAUAGCGAUGGGUGUGGCGAUGGGCAUGGCGAUGGGUGUGGCGAUGGGCAUGGCGAUGGGUGUGGCGAUGGGCAUGGCGAUGGGUGUGGCGAUGGGCAUGGCGAUGGGUGUGGCGAUGGGCAUGGCGAUGGGUGUGGCGAUGGGUGUGGCGAUGGAAAUGGCAAUGACCGUGGCCAUGGCAUUGUGGUACCCGACCAGCCUGUGCGGCUGUUGGUAGCCGUUGAAGACACCGGCACCGGCAUCCCCCGCCACGCUCGGAGGCACAUCUUCCGUCCGUACGCGCAGGCAGACCGCAGCACGGCACGGCUGCAUGGGGGGACUGGCAUCGGCCUCUCCAUCUGCAAGGUGCGCUGCACCUGGACACCUGUCCAUCUACAAGGGGUGUUGUGUACGCUAUGUUGUCCCUCCCACCAGCCUCCUCGCUUGCCCUCUCCCACUCGCCCAUGUGAGCAACGCCUGCUGUCAGUGAUGGGGGGACCCAUCUCCUUUCAUUUCCCCACUCAAUCCCCUCUACCACUCCCCUCCGUCCCCACUCCCCAACCCGUGCAGCGCCUGGUGUCGCUGAUGGGUGGAUCCAUCUCCUUUGCCACCAAGCCAGGCGUUGGCACCACCUUCCUCUUCGAUAUCCUCCUCCACACACCCCCUCUCCUCCACACACCCCCUCUCCCUCACCCCCCUCGCUCCCCAACUCAUCCUCCCCAACCUUGGACUCCUCUUACUCCCGUCCAGCCUCCCUCCUCUCUCUCCCUCCCUCCUCCCCUGCCUGCUGCAUCCCUCCCUUCGGGCAUCCCCUGCAUCCCCUCUCCUCCUUCUCCACGAAGCCCCUUCCACUUGCCCCCCCAAACCACGAGCCAGCAGCAGGUUCAGCAGCAACAGGGGCAGCAGCAGGGGGGAAGUAGGCUAGAGUGUGGGAGUGGUGAGAGUCAGGGGAGGGCAGCACGGGCAUGGGAGGGAGUGUGUGUGGUGAGUGUGGACGACCGGGCGGUGCGGCAUGCCGUCACUCUCUCUCUGCUGCGCCGCCUUGGCCUCUGCACCCUCCCCUGCCCCUCCUUCCACCUCCUCCCCCGCCUCCUCGCCCAACACCCCAACCACCCCUCUAAUGCUCCUUGCACCGCCUCUCUCACAUCCUCACCAGCAGCACCCCACAAACUGGCUCCUCUUACCCCUCCCCGUCAUCAUCGCCGCGUGAAGUCACACACCGCCCUGUCAUGCUUCGCUCUACCCACCUCGCAACUCUCCUUUGGAUCCCUUCUAACCGCUUCCCCCACGAGUUUCGAGGCGCAUGAAAGAGCCCACCAACCGGCUCCUCUCACUCCCCCCCCUCCUCGCCACGUUAAAUCACACACCUCACUGCCAAGCCUCGCACUGCCCUCCUUUCAACGAUCCAUCGGAGCCCUUAUAACCACUUCCCCCACACCACACUCCACCCCUCGUGAUCAGUCUCUGGUCCCUCUGCUUUCAGCCGACACGUGCACUCAAGAGCAUUCAGAAUCAGUCAGUCAUCGUCUUGAGGGGUUAUCCCCUUUUCUUGAGCCUUUUGCUCCUUCUCUCGACCCAUUUGGCUCUACUUCUGACCCGUCUGCUCCUUCUCUCGACCCAUUUGGCUCUACUUCUGACCCGUCUGCUCCUUCUCUCGACCCAUUUGGCUCUACUUCUGACCCGUCUGCUCCUUCUCUCGACCCAUUUGGCUCUACUUCUGACCCGUCUGCUCCUUCUCUCGACCCAUUUGGCUCUACUUCUGACCCGUCUGCUCCUUCUCUCGACCCAUUUGGCUCUACUUCUGACCCGUCUGCUCCUUCUCUCGACCCAUUUGGCUCUACUUCUGACCCGUCUGCUCCUUCUCUCGACCCAUUUGGCUCUACUUCUGACCCGUCUGCUCCUUCUCUCGACCCAUUUGGCUCGCCCGCUGUCCUUGUGGCUCCUCGUCCAUCCGUCGCUCCCCUUUCCCGCCAGUACUCCUUCCCUCCUAUCUCACUCGCUGCUUCUCCUCCCUGCCCUCCUAUCUCCAUCGCCCGUCCGCCGCUCACCAACGAUGUUCACUGCUCUAGUGAGAGAAUUGCAAGCGGAGGGGAGGAGGAGCAGCAGUGGCUUCAGCUGCAGCAACGGCAGUGGCAGUGGCAGCAGGAGGAAGAGAAGGAGACGGAGGAGGGGGAAGAGGGGAAGGAGGAGGAGAAAGAAGAGGCGGAGGAGGAGGAGGAAGGAGAGGAGGAGGGAGGGGAGGAGGAUGGAGCAGCGCAGGUGCAGCAACGCGUUUCCAGGGUUUCUCAAAGAUCGCAGCAGCGGGUGCACUACAGGAGCUUGAGCAAGGCAGAGAGGUGGGGAUGGGUGGGGGCGGUGGUGGUGGAGGGGGAGAUGAUGCAGCGGCUGGGCGUCACAGCAGAUCAGAUCCAUGCUCUCAUGUCAGGCCAGGCAGGAGACAACGUGAGUACGGUUGGGGGGAAAGGGAAGAAAGGGAGGAGGAAGGAGGGAGUGAGUAGGUGUGCAGCAGAGAAGGGCUGUGGCAGCAAGAGCAGCAAUAGCAGAUGUGCUUCUCUAAAACCUACCAGUGAAGCAGCUGUGGGUUCACAGGAGGAGCAGCCUACCAGCCUUACUGCUGGUAGCAACUGCAGCAGCUGCGGUUUGCCUUGUUCCUGUUCCUGCAGCGGGAGCAACUGCAGGUGGCCUGUUCCUUUCCUCGUGCUUCUCCACGGCUCUCUUCCUCUCCCUCCCCACUCUCUUGCUACAGGCCUUGCCGCCCCCGACAGUCUCAGCCCUUACAAGAGAGAAGCAUAUAACGGGGGCAGCUUCUCCUGUGAGCCUUGUCCUGAGGGCCAAAGAGGGGGUGAGCUGGACCAGAGAAAGGGGAGGAAGGGAGUAACCGGAGCAAGGGGCAGGGAGGGGGCCAACGAGGGCGGCAGCAGGGAGGGAAGCUUGGAGCAGAGUAAGAGCAGGGAGAGGGAGGGCAGCCGCAAAAGGCAAGGAGAAAGGGUGGAUGAAAGGGAUGAGGGGGGUGACUGUGCGUGCAACGAUGGGAUGAGCGGUUUCCAAGGCAGCAUCAGGAACAGGCCUCCUGCUCUGUCCCUCUCUCCCUCUACGUCAAUACCUGCCACUGCCGCUCGUCUCUCUCCCUCCCCUGCUCUCUCCCUCGUACCCGCCCCGUCCAUCCCCUCGCUAUUGUCACUUGGCUUUGACGCUGUCGUGAGGAAGCCGCUGCGGAAGCCAGCGCUGCUGGCGGCGCUUCUGCCGCUGUUUGGUGCGGACGUGGGGGAGGAGCAAGGUGGGUGUGGGCAGGCAGGAGGAGGAGCAGAGGCAGGAGGAGGAGAAGGAGGCAAGAAUGGGGACGUGGCGAAGGGGCAGCGGGGUGGUGGUGUGGUGCUGAGCCCAUCGGCCCUCCACAAGGCAGGCAGCAGCGCUGCAGCAGCCUUCUGGCGAGCUGUGAUUUCGCCACGAACACUCAAGUCCCCACGAGCUCUCAAGUUUCCCCAGUCACUCAAUUCCCCACCAUCACUCGAAUCCUUUCCGUUGUGCCCCUCCCACUCAUCCACCACUCUUACCUCUCUAGCCACUCCCACCACUCCAACCACGUUCAACACUUACAUCAUUCCCAACACUCCCGAUACUCUCGCCAUUCCCGGAACCCCAAGCACUCCCCCGCGUAAAUCUGCCAAGUCCGAACAUGCAAGCCCCGUUGCAAGUGGUGGUCCCUCUGCCUCCCUAGCUAUGCAUCUCGCACCCCACCUCCUCACCAGCGGCACCAGCGGUAUGUUUAGAGUGGAUGGAGUUGGUGGUACAGAUGGUGUGGGUGGUACGGAUGGUGUGGGUGGUACGGAUGGUGCGGGUGGUACGGAUGGUGUGGGUGGUACGGAUGGUGUGGAUGGAGUGGAUGGAGUGGAUGGGAGAGCUCUGAUGAGGCGCACGGGUGCUGAGGAAGAACUUUCUAAUGCGGUCCAGGGAGGGCGAGCGCUGGUAAGGAGUGGCAGUGCUGUGGAAACUACUUCUGGUUCGCGUCAGGGGUGGCAGCACUACGUGCCUGAGGGUGUGCACGCCCUGGUGAGGAGCAGCAGUGCUGUGGAAAAACAUCCCAAAGCGCCUAAGGGAUUGCUGCACUCUGUUUCUCAGGGAGGGCCAGCCCUGGUAAGGAGUGGCAGUGCUGUGGAUAACGUUUCUGAUUCGCCUCAAGGGUGGCAGCACUAUGUGCCUGAGAGGGUGCAGCAGUAUGUGCCUCAGGGGUUGCAGCAGUAUGUGCCUCAGAAGAUGCGGGCUCUGGUGAGGAGUGGAAGCGCGGUGGAAGCAGCUGGGGCAGCAGAGCGUCGGGCAGAGAUGCAUGGGUCGAAGGGCGAAGGGAGGGCAGCAAAGCAUGGGUCAGCGGGGUUCCCUCCCCCGUAUGCUCGUCCUGCAGAUCUCACCCCUGCGUCAUCUUCUUCCUCCUCAGUCACACUCACUCCUGCUGCCACCCAAGCAGCAACACCAUCACUAUCGCCACUAGCCGCCCCGCCAUCAGCAGCAGCAUCCUCCUCAGCAGCAGCGUCAGCAGCGACACAAAAGCCGGCAACGGUGGGGGAGGGGCUGGCAGUGCUGGUGGGUCGGCGGGUGAUGGUGGUGGAUGACAACCUCAUCAACCGCAAGGUGGCCAGCAAGCUGCUGGAGAGGCACGGCGCGCGAGUCACCGCCGUGGAUGGCGGCGCCAAGGCGCUUCAAGCCCUCACCCCGCCCCACCCCUACGACCUCGUCCUCAUGGACCUCCAGCUGGGAGACAGCUGGGAGACAGCUGGGAGACAGCUGGGAGACAGCUGGGAGACAGCUGGGAGACAGCUGGGACUUCAGACAAGAGAGGGCCAUGAGGCACACCACCUGGUGCACCUCGCCCUGCUGGCCCUGCAGAUGCCGGGCAUGGAUGGGCUGGAGGCGACUCAGAGGAUCCGGGCGCGGGAGAGGGCUCAGGGCGGGGGGCAUGUGGCCAUCAUUGCGCUCACAGCGGAUGUGAUUGCCGGCACGCGCCAGCACUGCUUUGCCGUCGGCAUGGAUGACUACCUCUCCAAACCCCUCGAGGAUGCCCCUCUCUCCCAAGCUGUCUGGUGCUGCCUCGCCAACACAUGA